UUCCGUUUUAGAGCGGGUAUCCUUCCUGCCAGUGUUGGUAUGGUAUUCUGUUAUUUUUUUCGGUGGGCGAAGAGAAGUGUAUUAUUUAAAGUGGAUUAGUUGAAACAAAAGGUUCCGGCCUCGCAAUGAUUGAAGUGGUGUGUAACGACCGUCUGGGCAAGAAGGUCAGGGUGAAGUGCAACCCUGACGACACGAUCGGAGACUUGAAGAAGUUGAUAGCUGCUCAGACUGGUACCAGGUGGGAUAAAAUCGUCUUGAAGAAAUGGUACACUAUAUUCAAGGACCAUGUAUCGUUAGGAGACUAUGAAAUCCAUGAUGGAAUGAACCUGGAGCUGUAUUACCAGUAGACAUACUGAGCCACAAAUUGCUUUAGGGAUGGUAAAAUUCCUCAGUCCUUGCUGAACUCGCAGAUGUAAACCCUUUCUGAACAUGCAAGUUUGUAUUGAAGCAGCAAAGAUACAUUUUUUUCCAUUGUUAAUGAUUAGGAAGUAAAUUGUCUCAACAUCAGGCUUUUGUUCUGCUAAAUAUUUUGUUUUGAUAUUGUUUUAAAAAUAAAAUCUGGUAUUUAUAUACAA